AUGACGCAUCCAGGAGGGAUUACCACGGAGGGUGCCCCUGGGUUUGACCUCGAAUCAGACUCAGACCCCCGUGCGAGCGCUGCCGCCGGUCAGAUCCAGCCUCAGCUGCACUCCAUCCCAUUACGCCGGCUGCCAGGGUCAUCAAGUCACCGUUCCACUCCCACUAGCACAGGUCAAGCAAGACAACGCCCCACGCCUGCUCUGUCACAGCAGCGGGACAAUCCGCUGCCUGCCGUUCCCGACCCACCCUCCCACUCUUCUUCCAACAUCAAAACCGACGCCUCCUCCGUCCCUACCUUCCCAGAUACCUCUCUCGACCUCACACAUGGCACAGACACUGAAUCUGCUCAUUCUGGAGGAGACACUGCCGACGAGAGCCCGAAUGUCGCCGCACGAGCGCCCGAUCAGCUCCCCAUGCAACUUCUAAACAAGGCGCCGCCCUUCCUGCGCUCCUCGCCAGGCUUCCGGUCGCCGUCUUAUGGUGCUGUCCCGCUAGGGUCAGCAAGUAAUACCCCGGCCGUAUCGGAGGCCAGCAAUGAUGCAGGCGAGGGCUCCAGUGACGGAGACACCCGUGGUGGUGGUACACGUACUACAAAAUCAGCAAAGUCCGUGUCCUCGCUGAGGAAAUCGGUGUCGGGCCGGCUAUCCCGGUCGUCGGAAGAGCUGGCCAGUUCCACAGUCACCGGUGGGAUAGAGGGUCGCUAUGGAGUGACCGAGUCAACUUUGGCGAGCGACGUGCUCGCCGAUUCAAAGACUGCCGACACUGACGAUGAGGAGGACGACAGUGUUGGUGUCUCAAUACCUUCCGACGUCGACGAGGAUCCUCCCGACAACUCCCCCUACCCACAAGUCCGCGCAUCCGUCGCUCCGUACGACAACACGACUUUGUCGAUAUUAACGCCUCGCAUGUGGACUCUGAGCGUUUUGUUUUCGAUACUUGGAUCUUCCACCAACUUGUUCUUUUCUUUAAGAUACCCCAGUGUUUCCAUCACUCCUGUCAUAGCGUUGCUACUUGUUCAUCCUCUUGGUUUGCUUUGGGAUUUGACCCUGAAGCGUCGCGAUGACCCUCCCGAGGAGUUCGUUGACGGUAACUUGGCCAACAACCUUGGAUCUUCGACGACACCGUUAGCCGAAGAUGACCCUGUUUUGCGGUCAACGCCACGGACAAGGCUCGGCCGACUACGAUUGUGGUUGGCGCAAGGCCGGUGGAACGAAAAGGAGCACGCCUGCGUCUAUGUUAGCAGCAAUGUUUCCUUUGGCUUUGCUUUUGCUACCGAUGUGAUCGUCGAGCAAACACAGUUCUACAAACAAGACGCCAGCAUCAUCUAUCAACUCCUCCUGACCUUGUCGACACAAAUUCUGGGCUACGCGUUCGCCGGCCUGACAAGGCGUUUCUUGGUCCGACCCAGCGGCAUGAUCUGGCCGAGCACUCUCAUGUCGGCUGCCAUGUUUACGACCCUCCAUAAAGAGGAGAACAAGCCGGCAGACGGAUGGCGUAUUAGUCGGUGGAACUUCUUUUACGUCGUCUGGUCCGUGUCUUUCCUCUUCUACUUCUUCCCAGGCCUGCUGAUGCCAUGCUUGAGCUACUUCAACGUCAUCACAUGGUUCGCGCCGAAGAAUGUCGUGGUAGCCAAUCUCUUUGGCGUCACCUCUGGCCUCGGCCUGUUCCCCGUCACGUUUGACUGGGCCCAGAUAGCUUACAUCGGCAGCCCUCUACUCACGCCUUUUUGGGCUGCCAUGAACGUUGUUGGUGGACUGGUGCUUGUCAUGUGGAUCAUUGCGCCUCUUGCGUACUACGGCAACUGGUUGUACUCUUCAUACAUGCCUAUUCUAUCGGCGGCCGUAUUCGACAACACCGGCAAGGUCUAUGAUGUUAGCAAGAUUUUGACAAAGGACUUCGUCUUUGAUAGGGAGGCGUACCGGAACUACAGCCGAGUCUUCCUCCCCAUCACAUAUGUCCUCAGUUACGGUGUUCAGUUUGCUGGUCUGGCGGCUUUACUUAGCCAUACGGCUUGCUGGCAUGGUCACGACAUCUGGACGCAGUGGACCAGGUCGUUGCAGGAGGCGAAAGAGGAGUCAAAGGCUGCGUACCAGCCCCUUGACAAUGAACCAGAAGAGUCCACAAGCAGAAGGCCACACGAGAAUGGUGUGAGACAACGCCGCAGCUUAUCGAUGUCAAAUUCCGGUCUCGAGGGCUUGAUGAAUCGGGAAGACGUGCACAAUCGGCUGAUGAAGCGGUACAAGGAUGCCCCCAUCACGUGGUAUCUGAUCACAUUCGCAACGAUGCUGGUGGUGGGUAUCUUUGUCGUCGAGUAUUAUCCAAUCCACCUGCCGUGGUAUGGGUUGCUGCUUGCGCUAGGGAUCUGCACAAUCCUCUUCAUCCCUAUCGGCAUCAUCAUGGCGGUCACGAACCAACACAGCAGCAUCUAUCUGAUCUGCCAGCUCGUCUGCGGUGCCGUUUUCCCGGGACGCCCAGUCGCAAACAUGGUUUUCGUCACAUAUGGCUACAUCUCGUCCUCACAAGGCAUCAAGUUCGCGGCUGAUCUCAAGCUUGGUCACUACAUGAAGAUUCCGCCCAGGACGUUAUUUUGGGUCCAGAUGGUGGCGACGAUCAUUUCAUCUCUGACUCAGAUUGGGGUGUUGAACUGGAUGUUUGUCAACGUUCCCGGCAUAUGCACGCCUGAAGCAAUCAACGGUUUCACGUGUCCACUUGCCCGGGUCCAUUUCAAUGGUUCCAUCCUUUGGGGUGUUGUUGGACCUGCUGAGUUCUUUGGGCCGAAUGCAACUUACCGACCACUGGUUUGGUGUUUCUUGCUGGGUGCUGUCGCACCGAUCCCGCUGUAUUUCUACAGCCGCAACAAGAAGAAGAGCAUAGUGCGCAAGAUCAAUCUCCCCGUGUUGUUCGGCUCCUUGAGCUGGAUACCGCCUGCGACUGGGCUCAACUUCUCAGUCUGGGCCGUCGUGUGCUACUUCUUCAACUAUUUGAUCAAGAACAGGGCGCAAGCAUGGUGGGCCAAGUACACGAUGACUUUGAGUGCGGCUUUGGAUUCUGGACUUGCGUUUGGCAUAGUUGUUGUCUUUUUUGGGCUUAUUUACCCGGGCUGGACAAAGAAUUUCAGUUGGUGGGGCACGGAGGUGUACAAGCAAGGCUGCGACUGGCAGGCCUGCUCUUACAACACCGUUCCGGAGGGCGGUCGUUUCGGGCCCGAUACUUGUGCUUCAAGGCCCAUCACACUGGUGCAAGACUUUGCUAAUCGCAGCAACGGUGAUUGCGUCAUAACCUCCCGUCGGAGAGGCAUGUCUGCAGAAGAGGUGCAGGAGCGCCUGCAAAAUGAGCUGGAGCUCCUGGAGGCCAUGUACCCAGGGUGCGUCGCCUACGACGACAAAGGCCGGGAACUGAAAUACUCCGCCUCGGCCGACGGCCAACGCCUUCCCAAAGGAGUGCUCGUCCUCAGGUUGCCAGAUCAGUACCCAUUCAAAGGUCUGCCGGAUCUCAUCACAGCAAAGGAUUCCAAGGGUCUGGACGCCAGGAAUCAAGUCUCGGCUGUCUUCUCAUUGUUGGGGGUUGUCGAGGGGGAGGAGACACUGGAUGCUUUCAUACUUGCAUUCCAAAAUUUCAUCAACGAGUCGGCGGAAGAGUCGCCGCCAGGCCACGAGGGCGCAGGGAACACCGAAAUUCAAGAGACGAAGCAAUCCCGGAAGACAGUGGUCAUAUGGCUUCACCACCUCCUGAACACAAACAAGCGCAAACUUGCGCUCAACCCGAGCUUUGAUGGCGAAAACAUGUCGGGUCUGACGAAGCCGGGCUACCCAGGUGUAAUGGUAUUCUCCGGGCCCAAGGACACGGUCAACAGCCACGUGGCUGAGCUGCGAUCGCAGAGGUGGCAGGCGUUCCAGGUCCGAUAUGACAGCGAGGAGGCAGGCAUUGAUGAUGACAGCCUAGCAUGGGGGUUCCAGCCCUGCGCGGGGACCCGUGAGGUCGAAAGUCUGAGUGAGAUGGCACAGGCGAUACUGCAGGUCGAGCACAGGGAGACGUUCUUGCGUGCAAGCACAGAACAGGCGUCACAUCCAGACUUGUUCUUUUACUUGUCGAGCAACUACUACUCUGGUUUGAUUUUCUGUAACAAGACCAUUCUACCAGAUCCACUGCGGUGCCCAUUUGGAGUUUUGAACGACCUCAUGUUUGUCCUGCCCGACGUAGGCUUGCGUCGGGCGUAUUUCACUCCAAGCCCGAGGCUCAUUUACACUGCCUUCUGCGCGCAACGUCACGAAUCACGGGCAUGGAGGCCAACCCUCAGCUGGACAGGCCAUUUUACCAAAGGCAGCAAGCGUAUGAACAGGACGGAAUACUCAAGGACUUUUCCUGGGCCUGUGGCCCGGAGUGGGUGGAAAUAA